AUGCGUGAAGUUCCCAAGCGCCCAACCGUGAAUAGCAUUCGAGAAUGGCUUGGAGCUUCAAUAACACUUCAUGCUACUGAGUGGGAACAGACUAGGGACCUUUUGGCAAAUAUUAUCUACGACGGUGACUUUAUUGGACAAAACUUCAAGAAAGAGUCUGUUGUAGGAAGCUUAAAGGCGGCCAUAUAUGGUCGACUCGAUGAGUUUCCAAGUCCACUAAGGAAUGUUUAUCGAGCAGCGACCGAUGAUGACAAGGAUAAGCUUAACGAGGCUCUCUACCAGCUCGCUAUCCUGGGUAAGAGAACGUCCAAGAGAACGGAAGACAAAAAACUCGCAAGAAACAGCCAACUGCCGCAGAAAGCCCUCAGACAUCGCGGUGGACUAUCUACUCGCGUGGUUUCUGUCGAAAAUCGUGUCGAUGGCGCCUAUCACGGAGCUAUAUCUCUGCGUGAUCUGGGAAGAGGCGAGGUCAGCACGGCAGUCAAACCGCAGGACUUUGACCAUGGCAAGUUUACUGAGUGGAUUAAGGAUCAAUGCCACUAUGACAGCGCACGCCACCGACUCUUCUAUAUCAGCGCGCAUGGUGAUGUGAUUGAGCCCCGGUCAUUACAGGGCUGGAUUACGGGCCUGGACAGGGAGGCGCCGCUUUUCAUUAUAGACUGGAAAGCUGACCACAUCGCCUCGGACGCCACUCCCACAACCACGUAUCCUACUUAUUCGUCGACCAGGCCUAGUGCUAGCGGCAAGCGCGGCUACUCCGAAGUGUGCCCUGGAACUACCUCGAGACGUAAGAGGGGACAAAUGGAAGCCAUAUCCGGACCCAGCGAUUUGCAUGACAGGGAUGAGCGGUCCUGGGUAGACGUUGAUCACGAGUCAAUUGAUGCGUCUGACCUCAGCAACUAUGAUACCCAUGCCUUCGGCUGGAACAGCGAGGCUGCUCAAAGCAACAAUUCGAGUCCGCGCGGUGAACCUAGCUUGAUAGAUAAGCCCAGCUUAAUGAAUGAGUAG